AUGGGAAACUCGUUAAGUCACAUUUCUGGUCGGAAAUCCGUUUUCCAGGAGUCCCGGGACUCCUUGUUGACAACUACCCUCUCUGGCACGGACAUCGGCACUAUAGCAAAGGCACCCUUGAAGCGUAAAUUUAAUUCUAAUGACGACUGGCUAUCCCCGCGAAAGCGACGCCUCCUGGAAUCUUAUUCCACCGGCGACAUAAGCCAGGUUGUUGUUGCGUCUGAUAUUUUCCUGAAGCGUAAAGCGGAUGCUAAACUAGAUCCCUUUUCAAUAAAACGCGUCAUACUGUAUGAGCCUUGUCACGCCCCGGCAUUCAUAUGGUCCCUACCCGCUGAAAUUCUCUUUGCUAUCGUCGCUCUUUUAGGAGUGGAAGAUUUGCGCUGUGUUACUCAAAUUUGUUCUCUGUUAAGAGAAAUCGCCGGUCCCCUCUUCUUCAUCAACCGGAACUUCCCAACUUCACCGCAGGACAUGUUUCACAUCCGUGUAGACUCGCACAAUUUUGACGUUCUACUUACUUGGAUACGUAUGGAUACCUUUCGUCCUCUGCGUAUGAUGUUGUGUUGGUUAGAUCCUGAUCUGCGGUCCACGCAACUCUCUGCAUUUUCGUACUUUCUCCAGUCCGUCCCCCAUAAAUCCAUACGAUAUAUAACACUUUUCUGGAAUUUUGACAUUCUCACUUGCUCAGUUCUCCCUCAGAUCGUUACAGUCCUCGAGAACAUCCGCGCCUCCGGCUGCGAGGAUAUGACAUGCAUGUCAUUCCACGGUCACAUUGGCUCAUAUGCAUCAUCCGUCACUGGACUCACCAGAAUUCAGGGGGAUGUGGGCGUGAACCACCUCAAAACCUUUGAUGCGUCAUCACAAGCAUUAUUUUCCCCCGAACUCCUUGCUUUCACAAUCCAGACCAUUCGCUUUUCCUCUUUGGAAAGGCUCCGACUCAGUUCCAUCAAACUCAGUCCUUCACACUGGGACAAACUGCUGCGGCACUUGACCAUCCCAACGCUCGUCGAACUUCAAGUCGAUGCUGAUUGUGCUCCAUCUACGCUCAAUCGCUUUCUGGCCCGUCACCCCCGGCGUCCAAGACCUCAGUAUCAUUCCGCGACCUGGUUGCCUCUGGAGGACCCAUCGAGUCAACCCUCCUUUAGUGUUAUCGGCUCGUGCUCCACUUCGGCGGGAGAUGCAUUGCUCCAGGCGUUAUCUGCUUCGUGGAUUGAAGCCUUUCCUCGAGUCAAACGUGUUAGCAUGCGAGGCUGUUCCAAUCGCACUGCCGAGUAUCUUGUCAACAAGAUGCGCAAAUUUGCUGCUGCUGAUGUCGAACUGUCUGUGAAGCUGCAUACUGAAGAUUCCUUGUAA